AUGAGCACGACCACAGCAGAUGUGCAUAGAAAUCGAAAUGAACAUUCAACAAGCAGACCGGAAACCACCUUCGACGAGAUAUCCGACCCAGCCCGCAUAACCAGGGAAACCAGUUAUCCAACCGGCGCAAAAUUAUGGCUCCUGAUGCUUAACCUCGCCGCAGUCCUUAUCCUCAUCAGCAUAGACAUGAAUAUUGUCGCUACGGCCGUACCCAGCAUUACAGAUCAUUUCCACACUGUCGCGGAUGUGGGCUGGUAUUCAUCCGCGUUCAGGCUCUGCCAGUGCGCUUUUCAGUUCAUGUUUGGUAGAGCGUAUAAGCUCUUCUCUAUCAAGUGUGUGUUCCUACUCGCCAAUGUUAUCUCUAUGGUAGGCUCGGUGCUCUGCGGAGCGGCAGCUACGUCGUCUACGCUUAUUAUUGGGAGGGCUGUGACUGGUUUGGGCUCUUCUGGUCUUCUUUCAGGAUGUUUUGUCAUCCUCGUGCAGUCUACGCCUCUACGUGCACGGCCCAUGUUCACGGGCAUAAUGGGUGCUGUCGAAGGGGUAGCUACGCUAUCCGCACCGCUCCUCAGUGGUGUUAUUGUGCAGUCACUCGGUUGGCGAUGGUGUUUCUACAUCAACGUGCCUAUCGGCGUUGUAACGUUGUUGUUGACCAUGUACUACUUUUUCGAUGCACCUAAAUCUAACGAUAUCACGCGCAUGACACUCAAGCAGAAGAUCGCACAACUCGACUUGGUCAGUAAUCUACUCUUCAUCCCAGCGCUGACAGGUCUUUUUCUCGCAUUCUCAUGGGCUGGUACCAAGUAUCCCUGGAGCAGUGCACCUGUGAUAGGCCCCCUUGUAGGCUUUGCCAUACUCAUAACAGGCUUUAUCUACAAUCAAAUCCGUCGCGGGGAUGCCGCUGCUCUCCCAAUACGGAUUCUGAGACGCCGCAGCGUUAUCGCAGGUGCAGGUAAUGUACUAGAAUAUUAUCUACCCAUUUACUAUCAAGUCGUUCGUGGAUAUUCCCCUGCAAAAAGUGGAUAUAUGAUGCUCCCCAUCAUCAUUGCAGCCACUAUCGGCGCACUCGUCCAUGGCUUCGGGACAAGUGUCUUGGGAUACUAUGCGCCAUUCAUGCUCUUUGCGUCGAUCACAAUGCCCAUUGCCGCGGGGCUUAUAACUACGUUCAAAAUUAGUACUAGUUUUGCGCAGUUGAUCAUAUAUACUGCUUUUUCUGGUUUGGCAUACGGUAUCGGGUUCUCGGGGCCACAGAACGCAGUGCAGACGGUGUUAGAUGCAGAGGAUGUUCCACUCGGAACGUCUAUUAUGUUAUUCUCGCAGUCCUUUGGCCCAUCUGUAGCAGUCGCUGUUGCGCAGGUACUGUUUGUGAAUCAGCUCUCGACGAAUUUGGAUGGUCUCGUGCCGGGUGUGAGUGGUGCGAGUAUUGAGAAUAUGGGCUUGACGCAAAUUGUUUCCAGUCUGCAGCCGGAAAGGUCUGCAGAAGUCCUGGUUCGGAUUGAUAAAAGUCUUGUUCAGACAUGGUAUUUGGUAAUUGGGUUGGCGUGUGCGACGAUGAUUGGGAGUUUGCUGAUAGAAUGGAGGUCGGUCAAGUUGAGGCGGGAUUAG